AUGUCGGUUGCAAUGGAUAGAGCAUUGAUGGCUCUGUCGCUCGAAGAUGAGCAAGAAGAAGAGGCCCCUUUCACCAUGCCGGAACUUCCAGGUUUCAGCUCGGCGGAAGAGAACUCUCUGAGCAUCAUGGGUAGACUUCUCAACCCAGAAUGUCAAAAAAUGUCAGGAUUAAUUCUCACUAUGCCUAGGAAAUGGCAAAAAGAGGGGAGAGUAAGAGGUGUAGCGCUCUCUCAAGAAAAAUUCCAGUUCAUCUUUCAACAUGAACAUGACCUCCAAGAUGUUCUGGAGAAAGGUAUCCAAACCUUCAAUGAAUGGGCUCUGGUGAUAGAAAGAUGGGUUGAGAACCCUCCUGAAGACUACCUCCAGUACAUUCCUCUCUGGGUUAGGAUAAGCAAGAUUCCGGUGAACUACUACACGACUCCGGCCCUCAUGACGCUCGGGGAAAUGAUAGGAGAGGUCAAAGUUCUUGCCUUCGAUCCUUCGAAACCCAUAACUCAAGACUUCAUUCGGGUUCAGGUGAGAUUCAAUGUGGCUAAACCCCUAAAAAUGGCGAGAGUCUUGGAUAUGGGAGGGGGAGCAACUCACACAAUCCACUUUGAUUAUGAAAAACUCCAGAAACGCUGCUUCCAUUGCAAGCGACUCAACCAUGAGCAACAAGUCUGCCCUUUCCUGAUCAAGAAGCGCCAAGACGCAGCCAAGACAAGAAGAGCAAACAGACUAGAGGUCAUAAACUCAGUUUCCAAAAUCCUAACCCAUGGUGACCCUCUUUUCGGAGUUCUAGAAGAAGAACAAGUUGGAACGGACCCUCUCACAGGCAGACCCAAAAUUGCAAAAGAAGUUCUUGAGGAGAUGCGAAGAUUCCUGAGCACAGAGACUGGUGAAGACCUUUCUAUCAAGAUCGACAAAGUCAAGAGAACUGUGAAGGAGGCAGAAAGUAACCCGGUUUCUCAGAAAACCAUCCUGAGGCUUGAAGCGCCACCGAUAAUAACACAAGAACUCAACAAAGGCAAAGGUCCAGUGUUCGACUAUGGAAACGUGGAACUUGACCGUACCAAAUGGGAUCUGAAUGUCAAUCCAAACAAGUUGAUGGCUGCCUCAAUGAGGGCUCACUCCUUCUCAGCGCCAUCAAAGAAAAUUCCACCCACUGGUACCUUAGUUCCUUCAUAUGACUCAGAAGAAAGCUUCUAUGCCUCUCAUUUGGACUGUCCAACGGUGUUUCGGGCUGGUUCUUCGGAACCUUACCCUACCGGGACAGGAAGAAAGCAGGCUAAAGGGCGAAGGAGGCCUCCAAGAGCUCAAAGACAGACUAACCAGCUAGCCCUGACUCCUGCCAAGGAACUUGCUGGCAACCUGCGCAGAGAAGGAAAGGAGGAGAUAGGCUCAAGGAAAAGGAAGAAGACAGAUCAAGGAGCAGAGGCAUGCUCGCUGAACAAGCAACAAUGCCUGCUGGUGAUCCCAAAUGAGGGAUCGCCCAGUCCUUAA